AUGGCGGCUCCCUUCCAGGUCAGGGUGCUGCAGCUCAGCGCUGGGGAAAACCUCCAAAAYAAACUCUACAGACUCCAAAAAGGUUGGAAACUCCAGUUCACUCUAUCUCCUGAACUCCAGCCAUAUGAUGUUCAUCUGUUUUGCAACUAUCCUCUUCCUGGAAAUUCAUUUGACAGGAAAAAGUACCAGGACCUGAAAUGGGUGUCUCCAGCCAAAGACAAGUGCGACAAUGGAGAUAGAUAUGCCGAGCUUAUUGUCCAUCAAGCUGGUUCGUUUCACUUCUAUCUGGAAUAUGAUGAUGGUAGGGGAGAUAGACCUUGUAAGAAAUUAUCUGAGACGAGUGGAUAUUUCACUGUAGACCCAACGUUAUACCUCAAUGACAAAGAGACUCUUCCCUUGGAUUGCAUCAGUUUACAGACUGUCCUAUCCAAGUGUCUUGGACCAAUCUCACAGUGGAUGGACCGACUACGAGUUGGCAAAGAAAGUGGAUACAAUGUGAUACAUUUCACGCCGAUACAAGAACUUGGAGGAUCAAAGUCAAGCUACUCAUUGUUCGAUCAGUUACAGCUAAACCAUCAGUUCAAUGAACCUGGCUCAAAGAAACCAGCGAGCUUUGAUGAUAUCAAAUAUGUACUCGAAAAAAUGAGAAAAGAAUGGAAAGUUAUUUCAAUAGUGGAUAUCGUACUCAACCACACUGCGAAUAAUUCCAAGUGGAUUAUGGAACAUCCUGAAUGUGUCUAUAAUGUAUCUAAUUCACCUCACUUGAGGCCGGCAUUCUUACUUGAUAGGUUGCUGUGGUAUUUCUCCUGUGAUAUUGCCGACGGGAAGUAUGCAGAUAAGGGUAUUCCACCAGAGGUUAAUAACGAGCACCACGUUCAUCUUAUUGGAGAGAUUUUAAGAAAUGAGCUGAUUCCUUCUUUAAAGCUGUGGSAAUUCUUCUGUGUUGAUGUAAAARCAGCAGUAGAACAGUUCAAGAAGGCAGUCAUGAAGAGCAAAAAGAGAACAUCAAGUCCUGAGUUGGUACCUGAGUUGGUUAAAGGUGAAAAGCUUCAAGUCAAACCAAGCUCCAAAUAUGAGAGGAACAUGGCAAUGAUAGAUAUGGAUGAGACGAAAAGCUAAUGGACUCCAACAAAGCUCCCUUCUGUAUGGCUCACCAGGGCUGGAUGUUUGGAGGAGAUCCAUUGAAAGACUUUGCUAGACCUGCAUCUAAUGCCUACCUCAGACGUGAAGUGAUCGCCUGGGGUGAUAGCGUUAAAGUGCGCUAUGGGGAGAAACCCGAGGAUGCACCUUUCUUGUGGGAACACAUGGUUAAAUACACCAAAUUAUGCGCUAGACUUUUUUCUGGUGUUCGUCUUGACAAUUGUCACAGCACUCCACUCCAUGUUGCCGAGUACAUGUUAGACGCKGCUCGCAAGGAAAACCCUGARCUCUAUGURGUGGCYGAACUCUUCACAGGGUCAGAAUUGCUGGACAACAUUUUUGUCAAUCGCCUUGGAAUAACAUCGUUAAUAAGAGAGGCUAUGUCAGCACAUGACGCCCAUGAAGAGGGUAGGCUCAUUUACCGCUAUGGCGGAGACCCUGUAGGGUCCUUUAUGGACCCCUUAUCAACCAAGCCUUUUGUACCUGGUAUUGCUCAUGCGCUCUAUAUGGAUGUUACCCAUGACAACGAAAAUCCAAUCAAGGUGACAUCGAAGAGGUCAUUUUCGAGGCAACUCUUGUGAAGAAGAAUGGUUUAAAGGAGUUCAAGAAAGAUGGCGGUUUCAUCAAUGGACUGGAGUCACAUGUAGCAGUGAUUCAGGAAAAUAUACCAAUACAGCAAUCCAAGACCUGCACUAUUAUUCGUAAAGAAGGUGCCAACAUGUGUGAGGUGGUUUUUGACCAUUUUUCUCCUGGUAGUGUCAUUGCAUUUCAAGUCAUGAUGGAACCUCGAGUUCGCAAAGCCUUGGGACAGUUAAGGUCUCUUUCAUGUGAGAUGUAUGGUGUCACCACAGGGAACCAAGAGAGCGCAAAAUCACUACAAGAGCUCAACGCCAUCAUMAGCAACCUGUCUCUCUCAGACUUGAACCGGGUGCUGUAUCGCUGCCAUAACGAGGAGGCUGAGGAAGGCAGAGGUGGUGGGGUGUACAAUAUACCUGACUAUGGACCACUAACAUAUUGUGGUCUGCAAGGAUUUCUAUCUGUUUUAACGGAUGUUCGUCAACACAAUGAUCUGGCUCACCCAAUCUGUAAGAACCUACGUGAAGGCAACUGGAUGAUGGAUUACACAGUCAACAGACUAUUACCAGUACAUGGAACUAGACAAUUAGGUGUAUGGUUAGAUAAGGCAUUUAGCCUGGUUAAAGAGUGUCCUCGCUAUCUAGUGCCCUGCUACUUCGAUGCCAUCAUCACUCCUCUCUACCUGAUGCUYCUAAAGAGAGCCUGGUCUCUUAUGUCAAGCUUUGUCAAAGAUGGUUCAACAUUCGUAAAAUCCUUGGCAUUAGGUUCAGUGCAGUUCCUUGGUCUCACCCGAUCAGCAAAUCUCCCUUCCCUCUCCCCCUCAGUUCAUUAUGGCCCCGUGUCUGGGUCAGAGAUGCCUACUCUUAUGUCUAUGGCUGCGGGAUUACCGCACUUCUCUACGGGAUUCAUGCGKUGCUGGGGACGGGACACUUUUAUUGCUCUUCGUGGACUCAUGCUGACUACUGGGCGAUAUGCUGAUGCAAAACAUCACAUCCUAGCCUUCGCUGGGUGCCUACGUCACGGACUCAUCCCCAAUCUCCUGGACGGCGGAAUCAACCCAAGAUACAACUGCCGCGAUGCAGUAUGGUGGUGGCUUCAGUCAAUCCARGAUUACUGUAAAAUAGUCCCACAAGGUUUMGAUAUUCUAAAAGCUGCAGUAGUUAGGGCAUUCCCUUCUGACAACAYCGAUCACGCGGGUAAAGAGGAGAAACCAUUACRUGACGUAAUGCAAGAGGCAAUCCAGCGUCAUUUCAUUGGCGUACAGUUCCGUGAGAGGGGAGCAGGGCCGAGCCUAGACCACAACAUGAAGGACAAAGGGUUUAAYGUGAGUGUUGGCGUCAACGAGAGGACUGGGUUUGUUUUUGGCGGGAACGAGUGGAAUGCUGGGACAUGGAUGGAUAAAGUUGGAGAAUCGAAAAAGGCGGGAAAUGAUGGGGUACCUGCAACUCCAAGGGAUGGCAGUGCUGUGGAGCUGAUUGGUCUGUGUAAGUCAGCUGUUCGAUGGCUGGGGGAGCUAAGUGACGCCAAGAAAUUCCCUUAUUCAGGAGUAUCCAAGAUGCAAGAUGGUAAGCUAGACUGGGCUUAUGAAGGUGUUUACGAUAACACCACUGACUCAACAUCUUAUAAAAGCUCCAAAGGAUUUAGUUAUCACCAAGGACCGGAGUGGGUGUGGUGUAUAGGUCCUUUCCUACGAGCACGUUUAUACUUCGCCAAAGAGUUCAAAGGAAAAAAAGGUCUCGAAGAGACUGUYAUUAAAGUCAGAAAAGCCCUGGCUCAACACAAGGUCCAGAUYACUGCCUCCCCCUGGCGAAGCCUACCAGAAAUUACAAAUGCAGGUGGAGACGUUUGUAAGGAUGGCUGCCCAGCCCARGCGUGGUCUAUAGCUUGUAUAYUAGAUGUCCUUUUUGAUAUGGAAAAAUAUCUAAAAGAGUASAGAGUGGGCAURGUAAGGUAAUAGUUCGAUAGGUAYCRYUGUGUUGUAUGACUA